AUGGCCUCAACGCCGGCCGGAAGGAGAGUCGCGGUGCUCUACCAAGCCAUCGAGCCGCCCAUCAUCAACGGCGUCCGCAAGCCCAUGAAGCCGGGAGGGUACCGAGACUCUGGCGCCGACAUCGCUUACAACCUCCCCGCCAGCAAGUCUGUCGAGGCCGUCUGUCCCGUAUCUGCGCCCUCUGCGGAGGAAGACUCGGACUGGUGCUUCCCGGACACCGAGCAAGGGAUCCUAGACGCCGUCGGGAGAGGAGCCACCCAUCUCUGGGCGAACACCAUCCUCUUCGCCACUCACCCGCUACAGACCUCGACCGCUCUCGACCGGCUCCAGGAUACCCUCAGGGUCGUCGGCCACGGGCCCCUCGUCGUCGAGAAGUACGACGACAAGGAGCUUGUCAACAACCUGCUCCGCCGCACCGGCGCCUUCACGAUGCCUCGUUCCUGGACGAUCCAUCACAGUCCUGACGUCUCCGCCGAGCUUCGCAAGAAUGACAUCCCGUUCCCCAUCGUGGCCAAGCCCAUCCGCGGACGGGGAAGCCACGGCGUGCGCGUGUGUCGAACCCUCGAGGAUCUCACCUCCCACGCCGAAGCCCUCUUCGACGAGUCCCCCACCAUCAUGCUGGAAGAGUUCCUCGCCGGCGAGGAGGCCACGGUCACUGUGAUGCCCCCGGAUAGAGGUACCAACACGUACCGGGCCCUCCCCGUCGUCACCCGUUUCAACCACCAGGAUGGCAUCGCCCCGUACAACGGCGUCGUGGCCGUCACCGCGAACUCGAGGGUCGUCGCCGGCGAAGAAGAAGAGAGGGAUCCGGCGUACGGGCGGAUCGCGAGGGAGUGCGAGAGGGUGGCCGAGGUGCUUGGCGUCGCGGCGCCCAUCCGGAUCGACGUGCGGCGAUUCAACAACUCCCCCGGGUCGAAUUUUGCGCUGUUUGACGUGAAUAUGAAGCCGAACAUGACCGGCCCUGGUCGGCCUGGGCGGGAUGACCAGGCGAGCCUGACGCUCAUGGCGGCUGAGGCUCUAGGGUGGACUUACCCCGAGCUUCUGGGGCAUAUUCUGGAGACUUCAUCCACGUUGAGGACUCUUAGAAGUCUGACUCCCAAGGUGUGA